GCUGCUUCCGCAAACACCUGCUCAUCCCAACAUGUCAGAAGCUUCAGACAUUCUACGCAAACAAUCUUUACAAUUUUGGCUCAAUGUAGCUCAGAAGCAACCUCUUAUGGAAGCGGAUCUGUAUCAAGGAGCACAAGUGAAAGGAACCCUAGUUUCAACUGACGCCGAAUGCAACCGUUUCAGGGUCGACAACUUGCAAACUGUCAUGGGCGGACACAAGCAGGCUGUUUUGCGAGGAACGGAUGUUAAUAAAAUGGUGUUCGACUGGCCCAAAAAUUGAUGAGAAUGAAGUGGAGAUCAGUUACGUAUGCGCAAGAAUUGAGACACUUUAUGGGAUUAUCACAGCGUGUGUGACCGCCUCACUCAAGCUUUUCCUUCGACCUCUCUCUGUCUUUGUCACAAUCUCUUUCUUGAGUUGAAAUGGGUCACCUCAAGCUAUCCAUGCUGAGAUGAGAGCAGUGAACUCAGAAUGGUUUUUUAUAACUUCUGUAAAUAUUCCCAUAAUACCAGUAAUAUGAAAGUAUUGGAUAUAGAGUGUAUCCGUAGUUUGGUUUUUAAAUAGGAAAUAGGCCGGCUUUUUAUUAUACCACAGCACUGAAAAUAAUACACAUGUACGAAUAAACUAUUUGUAGAGUAGCAUCCUCAAGAAUAA